AUGUUUCGAACAGUGGUGAGAAGAGCUGGAGUAGUGAGAAACCCUAACGUCCAUAUCAAGACUUCUAAGGAUACAAGAGGACUCGACGAUGAUGGUGAUGGUGAUGGUGAUAAUGAUGAUGAUGGUGAUCAUGGUGGUGAUGAUGGUGAUGGUGAUGAUGGUGGUGAUGAUGAUGAUGGUGGUGAUGGUGAUGGUGAUGGUGGUGGUGAUGGUGGUGGUGGUGGUGAUGAUGAUAACGAUAAUGAUGAUAAUGGUGAUGGUGAUGAUGAUGAUGAUGUUGAUGUUGAUGAUGAUGAUGAUGAUGAUGGCGGUGGUGAUGGUGAUGAUGGUGGUGAUGAUGAUGAUGGUGAUGGUGAUGGUGAUGUGAAAGUUCUUGAUGAUAAUGGUAAAAAGAAGAUUUCGGAAGAUUCAAUGGGGAUCGUUAAGUUAGGUUUAAUGGAAGAAGUUGAAGUGUGGAAAAAUCUUGAUCAUCCAAACAUGAUCGGAGCAACGAUGUCCAUGAUUACGUCAGGUAGCCGGCACAAGAUCAAGAACCCGAAACCAGAAAACAACUUCUGUGUCGUCUCCGAAUACUUAAAAGGAGGAUCCCUCAGAUCUUAUCUAUUGAAGCUCAAGCACCAAGACAAGAAGCUGCCUUACAAAACUGUCAUUCGAUUUGCUAUUGAUAUUGCUAAAGGGUUGAGUUACCUUCAUUCUCAAAAAGUAAUUCAUCGUGAUGUGAAGCCGGGGAACAUGCUAAUUGACAAAAAACAGACAAUCAAACUUGCGGAUUUCGGAGAAUCAGAAAUUGAACCACCAGAGCUUUUGAUCACAUGUGGUGAAAGGGGGACUCGCGGCUAUAUGGCUCCUGAGUUGGUAAGCAAACAUCCACACGGGCGUAAAUGCGACGUUUAUAGCUUUGGGAUAUGCUUGUGGGAGAUAUACUGUUGUGAUACUGCUUAUACGUAUGAUUUAGGGAUUCUCACACCUGAUAUAUACAAGUAUACGAGACCAAGCAUACCAAGACAUUGUCCAAGAUCGUUAGCUAAAUUGAUGGAACAAUGUUGGGACAUAGACCCCACAAAGAGGCCGGAGAUGGAAGAGGUGGUGGUUAUAUUAGAAGAAAUUAAAAAAUCAGAAGAGUUGCAAUCGAGAUGGAGACAUCCAGAGAGUUGGUUCAAGUUAUUCAAGCUUAGAAGAUGA